AUGAGGCUCCUUCUGAAACGAGUUCGUCUAGUUGGAGAGGCUGCGCGAGCACGACGACUUCGUACGGAUGCCCGAUACGACUCAGACGAGCAAUUAGGAGGAAACGGCUUAGCGAUGGUAAUUGUGAAAACCGUGAAGGUUGGUGCUCAUGCAGUCAACAAAGAAAUAUGCGUCCAAGGAGGACGGUGGAAUAAAUUUUCGGAAUUCAUGCAGCACUUCGUCAUAUCUGUCCGACGGGAAGAUAGCUGCCCCUGCAUUUCCGAAAAGCUCUGA